AUGGAAUUGGCCAUGUCUUCACAGACUUCUUCAGUGCUUCAAGUAAAGAAAGUGAUUGUGAAUGAAAAGUCUGGUGGAAAGCUUGUGGGAAUACUACAUGAAGCUGGAUCUCUUCAAAUUGUCAUCAUAUGUCAUGGAUAUAUGUCAUCAAAGGAUGAUGAAGUUAUGUUGAAUCUUGCUGCAUCUUUUGAUAAAGAAGGAAUCAGUUCCUUUCGUUUUGACUUUUCUGGCAAUGGGGAAAGUGAUGGUUCGUUCCAACUGGGUAAUUACGAGAGCGAGGCCGAUGAUCUACAUGCUAUUGUACAAUAUUUCAAUGGAGCAAGUCAUUUAGUUUGCACAAUCAUUGGCCAUAGCAAAGGAGGUGAUGUUGUUCUGGUCUAUGCUUCCAAGUACAAGGAUGUCAAAAUCAUUGUCAAUGUUUGUGGACGUUAUGAUAUGACAAAAGGCAUAGAAAAAAGUUUAGGAGAAAACUAUGAGGAGAGGAUGGAAAAACAAGGAUUUGUUGAUAUCAAGGACCCAACAGGUAUGCUCAAUUAUAGAGUGACAGCAGAAAGUUUGAUGGAGCAUCUAAAUACCAACAUGCACCAAGUUUGUCUUCACAUCGACCAACAAUGCAGAGUAUUGACAGUCCAUGGAACUGAAGAUGAAAUAAUCCCGGUUGACGAUGCAAAAGAGUUCGAUAAAAUCAUCUCUAACCACAAAUUAUACAUUUUAGAAGGAGCAGAUCACAACUACACAUCACAAUUACAUCAAGUAGAGUUAGCCACAGUAGUCUUGGACUUCAUCAAGAUAUCCCUUCAGCAGGACAAAGAAAAAGAUAAGGUAAACUAUGCUAUGCCAUUGACUUGUAAAAGCUCAUCAGUUUCUCAUCUUCUGCCGGCAAGUGAAGUGAUAAAUCAAAUUCAAGAUUUUCCACAUCCACAUGAAGGGUGA